AUGGAAAUGGCUAAUGCUUUAAUAGUGGAUAUUUUGAAGAAGAAGCCCUGUUCAGCGUCCGAGUGUAGAAAUAAAAAUCUAGAGAAUAUGGAUCCAGAUGGUUUGACCUAUUUUGAAGGUCUUAUGGAGGAACCAUCAUUGUCAUCCAGUUUAGAUAUUCUAGAAAAGGAUUACGAUGAUGCAAUUCGGAGUAAGGGUGAACUUGAUGAGAGAGUCUUCAUCAACGAAGAAGAUAGCUUACUUGGUUCUGGUAGCUUUUCUGGAGGAUCCAUGAAUUUAUCCGGUGUGAAGAGGAAAUUUGAUUCUAUAGCCUCCCCAACAAAGCCAAUUGCAAGUCCACUCUCUCCCCAUCACACUCUUGCAUCUCAUCUUAACGGUGGUGCUAAUUCAAAGAUGGUAGCCACACCAGUGAGCACUGCAAUGACAACUGCAAAGUGGCUUCGGACCUUUAUUUCUCCACUUCCGUCGAAACCCUCAGCCAAGCUGGAGGGGUUCCUGGCAUUGUGUGAUAGGGAUGUUACCAAUGAUGUGGUACGCAGGGCACAAGUCAUAUUGGAGGUUAUAUUUCCAAGUAGUGCCUUGGGAGAACGAUUUGUAACUGGUAGCCUGCAAAGUGCUGACCUCAUGGACAACAUCUGGGCAGAACAACGAAGAUUGGAAGCACUCAAACUUUAUUUUAGAGUUUUGGAGGCAAUGUGUAGGGCAGAGGCUCAAAUACUGCAUGCUACUAAUUUGACCUCUUUAUUAACCAAUGAGAGGUUCCAUAGAUGCAUGCUAGCCUGCUCUGCUGAGUUAGUCCUGGCAACACAUAAGACUGUCACAAUGUUGUUUCCAGCAGUAUUGGAGAGGACAG